UCAAACAACUACUUCAGAGUCCUGCGCUUCUUAUUCGCAUCAGUUGCGGCGAUCGCUGAAGUAGUACAAUUUGUGCGUUUAAAUCGAGAGAACAAAGUUUUAAUAAGUAUUGAUAUUGUAGACGCGCGGCCUAACGCUUGCAUAGCUAAGUUAGCACUACGACGACGCUCAUGUCCGUUUAAUUCAUGUCAUAAUUAUAUUCAGUGAAACACAGAAAGGAAUCACACGGUGAGAGAUGUGGGACCAGGGAGGACAGCCCUGGCCUCAGUGGCCUCUGGGCUCACAGCAGCAGUGGAUGCAGUCAUUUCAACAUCAGCAAGAUCCAGGUCAAGUGGACUGGGCUGCUCUAGCACAAGCAUGGAUUGCACAGAAAGAAUCCACCGGAGGCGUUGCCGACCAGCAGGGGAUUCAGCCCAACGGCCAAGAAAUACAGAGCAUGGAACCUCCAGCCCAUAAUAACCAUGGUGCCUUUCCCGGCGAUCAUAAUUUUGGCAGAGGUUGGCAACCAGAGUGGGGAAUGCAUGGCCAGCCUCCUCCUCCCCCUCCGGAACAAGCAUGGAUUCCUCCUGGACAAGGGCCGAUGGAUGUCGUCAACCCGUCGGAAGACAGUAACAGUCAAGAUAGUUUGGAGUUUCCUGGAGACCCACACCGUGGAGGCUUUCCUCAAAACAGUCAUGGGUUUGGGGGUCAGCCCGAGCCUUACCCUUUGGGCCCAGUUGGCGUCAAUCAGUUUGAUUAUCAGCAUGGAGCAGCGCCAACGGGGGCAGCAUAUGGACCACCCUCCACCGGCUUUCAUGCACCUUAUUGGCCCGAAGGACCACAGAACAGAAGAGACCGGCUCCCUGGCUUCAGACCAGAACGGCCCAGAUCCCCCAAUCAGAUAGGAAUUAAACCAGAGACGCCUACUCUUGAUGCUGUUAAACGGAGGACUUUGCCUGCGUGGAUUCGAGAAGGCCUUGAAAAGAUGGACCGUGAGAAGCAGAAAAAGUUGGAGAAGGAGAGGAUGGAGAAAGAGCGUGCUGAAAUGGCAAAUAAUGAAAGAGAUAGCGAUAUGGUAGAGGAGGAAGGUGAUGGGCCUCGGUUGCCACGCAAGAGCAAAUUUGACAGUGAUGAUGAGGAUGGUGAAGAAGAUGGUGCUGGGGAGGAUGGCGUAUUGGGGAGAAGGUUGGAGUUUGGUGGUAGAAGUUCUCCUCCUGUUCAAGAAGACCAAAGUGAACCAGAAAUGACAGAAGAGGAGAGAGAGUUUCAGUUGAUGCUGAUGACUAAAACUCUUCUUACCGAAGUCCUCCUUGAAGUCACAAAUGAGGAAAUCGUCCUAGUGGCUAAAGAGGCUCAUCGUAAAGCCACUAAAGCUCCUGCAAAACAGCUGGCACAGUCAAAUGCACUGGCUUCUCUGACUGGUCUCGGAGGGCUGGGUGAGUACGGCUCGGACGAGAGUGAGGAUGAGGAGCGAAGCGCAAAGGGGUCGGACUCAUCGGACACAGAUGAUGAGGAGCUGCUGCACCGCAUUCGCCAGAAACAGGACGCCUUCCGUCGCAAAGAGAGGGAGCAGCAGCAGCUGCAGGAGAGGCUGGCACUGGAGGUACAGACUGUAAAAGAAGAUUUGGCAUCGGACAGAGUAAGCAGAGAGAGGGCAGGUUAUGAGGAGGAGCAGACAGAGUCUAAACACAAGCAGGAAGUUAGGGAAAGGGAGGCGGAGCCCACAUUAGAGCGACGCAGGUCACGUAGUGAGCCUGAGGUCAGUGAGGUCAGGCGGGCGAGCAAAGAGCUCACAGGGCGUAACGGAGGAAGUGCCAGCCCCUCACCAAGUGAGCAACGUAGCCACACCUCCACCUCCAGCUCUUCCAGCAGCCGGUCCUCUUCAUCCUCCUCAUCCUCAGCCUCCUCUCGCAGCUCCUCCCGCUCCUCGUCUCCCAGAAGGAAAAGGCGACGCAGCCGCUCUGCCUCUCGUGGGACUCGCAGGCGCAGCCGAAGUCGUAGCUCUCGCAGACGUCAGUCGGAGCGCGACAAGGCCAGAGACAGAAGGCGUAGCAGCCGUGCACGCAGCACCGAUCGUUCUUCUCGUCACAGGAAGCGCAGCCAUUCACGGCAGCGCAGGUCCAGCAGGGGCCGCAGGAGCAGGUCUAAGGCCAGUCGCAGCCGCAGCAGAGAGAGGCGGCGCAGCAGGGACCACAGGCGCAGCCGAAGUCGCAGUACGAGCCGCAGCAGGAGGAAACAGAAGGCCUCCAGCAAGGACAGGGAGAGAGACAGGAGGAAAGAGAGGAGCCGGAGCCAUGAAAAGGAUAAGAAGAAGAAAGAGAAAGAUUUAGAUAAAAAGAAAGACAAACAGAAGGGCAAGGAGAAAGAGGGCAGUUCAGUAAGGGACGAGGAAGACGAUGCCAAAUCGAGGCGGAAAAAGGAGAGCGACUCUCACAGUGAGAGGUUUUCCCGGCAAGACAGUAAAUCUAGCAAAAAAGGCUCCGCCAAAGCUAGCAAGAAGUACUCGGAUUCAGAGUCCAGCAGGAGCAGGUCCCCUUCCCCUGAGGUUAGCAAAGAGAAAAAGUCUAAGAAAUCAAAACGUAGUCGAUCAAGGUCAACGGAAAGGUCUCACAAGUCUGGUAAGAAGGCAAGCCGCAAACACAAGUCUAAGUCACGAUCAAGGUCAACAUCUCCCAGCCGCCGCAAGCGUUGAGGGGCAUUCUGCCUCUGAUCUGUGCACUUCUUUUAAAAUUCCACGAGUUAACAGGCUUGUCUCAUUAUCGAGGCAACGUUGUAGGUGAACUCUCCACUCCAAACCCCCUCACUCCCCUCAUUUUGUAAAUAUAUGGUAUUUUUAAGUGUUGUCUUCAAAACAGGAGAUUUUGAAUGAUAGUUUCUUUUUUGCCUUGUAUUAUGCAAGACUAAGCGUUCAAGUAGUCAAUAGAACCUUGAAACUGUAACAUUUUAAAACCUAACACCAGAGGAAAUAAAUUCUCGUUUCAUGUAAAUUGUCCAAUAAAACAAGAAUGAUUCUUUCUGUC